CCGCAUCAAGUACAAAACAGUUUCGUUCGAAACGCUGUCGUGUGAAGAGCCAAGCAAGCGAGCAGAACCGAACAACGAAUAUCAUUCAGAUAGUUUUCGGUGCCAAAAAAAGCCACAGACUUAUAAUACAUAGAUGCACCCCAGCACCUAAGCCGGUGUAUAGGAUUUAACUUUACGCAACUGGUGUCAUUCAGUGUCUAAUUAACUUGAACUUCGUACACGCAGCUUGUUUGCUUUGAUUAGCUGCUACCCCGAAGAGGCGGACUCUAAAAUGAAGUCCAAUACGGCUUCGGAUCACGUAUAUUUCAACGAUGGAUUCAAGUGCUCAACGAUCAGUAUCCAAACUAACAUCACGGAACAGAAUGGAAGUACCAAUAACAGCGUUGGUUCCCAAGGAUCCAAGGAAUUCAUAUUAACCGAGGAUGGAAAAAAAGUAAAGCCCCCGCUAAGCACUCUGGAAUGCACUCGCAGUUGGCUUCAAAAUUGCGGGCGCAGGACCUUCAACCGCAAAACCCUGCACAAAAGACUGCCCAUACUUUCGUGGCUUCCUCGCUAUAAUAGUCAGGAUGCCGUCGGUGACUUGGUGGCUGGUAUUACUGUAGGUCUAACGGUGAUCCCCCAGGCACUGGCCUAUGCAGGAAUAGCAGGAUUACCAGUAGCUUACGGUCUGUAUGCCUCAUUUGUGGGGUGUUUUGUGUACAUCUUCCUGGGAAGUUGCAAGGAUGUGCCCAUGGGACCCUCAGCGAUAGUGGCGCUGCUCACCUACCAGGCAGCGCAGGGGUCCUGGCAAAAGUCGGUGCUACUGUGCCUCCUCAGUGGAAUAGUGGAACUUUUGAUGGGCCUCUUUGGACUGGGAUUCCUCAUCGAUUUCGUGUCUGGCCCAGUUUCAUCCGGAUUCACCUCGGCCGUGUCGCUCAUUAUUCUAACAUCCCAGGUCCAGAGCGUACUGGGGAUUACAGCCAAGGGGAAUACCUUUGUGGAGAUCUGGACACAGGUCUUCCACAAUAUUGAGCACACACGGGCCGGUGACACUGUCCUGGGAAUCACCUGCAUAGUUGUAUUGCUCCUGAUGCGCAGUCUCUCCUCCUGCAAGGUUGGGCCCGCCGAUGAGAGUGAGUGUACAAAGUUCCAGCGGGCCGUAAACAAGAUCCUGUGGAUUGUGGGCACUGCCAGGAAUGCCAUUCUGGUGGUGGUUUGCUGCUUGAUGGGCUAUCUGUUGCACAGCGAGGAGCAUGGCGCUCCUUUUAGGGUGGUGGGCGACAUUCCUCCUGGACUGCCAAGUCUUCAGUUGCCGCCCUUUUCGCUGAGCGCGAACGAGACUAGUAACGGAGUGGCCCAGGGAUUCGUGGAGAUGGUGCACAGCAUGGGAUCUGGCCUGGUGGUAAUCCCAUUAAUAUCCCUAAUGGAAAAUAUUGCUAUUUGUAAGGCUUUUGCCAAUGGAAAGCCGGUUGAUGCCUCGCAAGAGCUGAUUGCCAUCGGUACCGCCAAUAUCUUCAACUCUUUUGUGCAAGCCUUCCCUGGAACCGGAGCCCUGAGUCGGGGGGCAGUGAAUAAUGCCAGUGGAGUGCGCACACCACUUAGCAACAUCUACUCCGGUGGCCUGGUGAUGAUUGCCCUGCUAUUCCUCACACCCUACUUCUUCUUCAUCCCGCGGCCUACUCUAGCUGCCAUCAUUAUAUCUGCUGUGGUGUUCAUGAUCGAAGUCAAAGUGGUCAAGCCAAUGUGGAGAUCAAAGAAAAGCGACCUGGUGCCUGGAGUGGGUACAUUCGUGGCCUGUCUCGUGCUACCUCUGGAAUGGGGAAUUCUAAUAGGAGUGGGCCUCAACGUGAUCUUCAUUCUAUACCAUGCGGCACGGCCCAAGCUCACCACCGAACUUCUGACCACUCAGGCGGGAGUGGAGUACUCCAUGAUCACGCCAGAUCGAUGCCUAAUCUUUCCAUCAGUGGACUAUGUCCGGAAUCUGGUCAACAAGCAGUCCAUACGACAAAAUGUCCCGGUGGUAAUCGAUGCCUCCCAUGUCUAUGGCGCUGACUUCACGACGGCAACUGUCAUAGACUCGCUGAUUAGCGACUUUAACCAGCGCGGACAGCUUCUGUUCUUUUAUAACCUGAAGCCCAGUAUUUGCGCCAUCUUCGAGCAGGUGUCGGCCGCGCAGUUUGUGGUCUACUACCAGGAACAGCAGCUGGAUGACUUGCUGAAGGAGCGGAACUAUGUGCAGAAACGCCUGGAGACGGCAUGACCUCCUAUACACGUGAUUUAGAACUAGAUGAAGUAGUUUUUUCGAUUUAGUUUAGUAUUGUAAAUAGUUAAUGUGUAGAAUUAGACGCAGCACACCCACACUAUUAGAAAUCAUAAGCCGUCCAUCUAUGUAGAUAUAGUUUUGAAUUAAGUUUUGAUAGUAUAACAUAGUUUGAAUUAAUUAAAAACCAU